CGCUGCCCUGACGCCGCGGGGGAUGGCGGAGGGGCCCCGGGGCGCCCCGCCACCGGGCUCGCCCCGCCCCGCCGCGCCGCUGCCCAACGGGCCCCGCGGUGGCGGCGGCGGCGGCAGCCCCGGGUCGGGCUCGGGCAGCAGCAGCCGCGAGGACUCGGUGGAGCGGAGCCCCGCGCCCGCCGCGCCCCGGGCCAGCAUCAUGAAGGACGGCUCCCGGCAGCGGGCACCGCAGAAGAAGAAGACAGUGUCCUUCAGCACCAUGCCCAACGACCGCAAGAUCAACAGCACCGGCGCCUGCAUCUCGCUGAUGCUGGAGGGCUGCGAGCUGAAGAAGGUUCGCUCCAACUCGCGCAUGUACAGCCGCUUCUUCGUGCUGGACGCCGACCUGCGCUCCCUGCGCUGGGAGCCCUCCAAGAAGGACUCGGAGAAGGCCAAGAUCGAGAUCAAGUCGGUGAAGGAGGUGCGUGUGGGCAAGAAGACGCCCGUGCUGCGCAGCAACGGCCUCUCCGACCAGUUCCCGGACGAGUGUGCCUUCUCCAUCAUCUACGGAGACAACUACGAGUCCCUGGACCUGGUGGCCAGCUCGGCCGAGGUGGUGAGCGCCUGGGUGAUGGGGCUGCGGUACCUGGUGUCCUACGGCAAGCACAGCCCCGAGGCCCCCGGCACCGCCCACCCCAGCCUCCGCACCUCCUGGAUCUCCUCCGUCUUCGACCUUGCUGACCUGGAGAAGUGCGGCCGCAUCCCGGUGCCCCGAGCCGUGCAGCUGAUCAAAGCGCUCAACCCAGGCAUGAAGGCUUCCACCAUCGAGCUGAAGUUCAAGGAGCUGCAGAAGGCCAACGAGUGUCCCGGCGCGGAGGUGGCCUGCGACCUCUUUGUGGAGGCCUACUGCGAGCUCUGCACCCGCCCUGAGAUCUUCUUCCUGCUGGUGCAGUUCUCCAGCAACAAGGAGUACCUGGGCCUGAAGGACCUGCUGAUGUUCCUGGAGGUGGAGCAGGGCAUGGAGGGGGUGACGGAGGAGAAGUGCUUGGAGAUCGUGGGCAAGUACGAGCCCUCCAAGGAGGGCCGGGAGAAAGGCUACCUGGCCAUCGACGGCUUCACGCGGUACCUGCUGUCCGCCGACUGCUCCAUCUUCGACCCGCAGCACCGCAAGGUGUGCCAGGACAUGGCGCAGCCUCUCUCCCACUACUACAUCAGCUCUGCCCACAGCACCUGCCUGCUGGAGGACAACUUCUGGGGCCGCUCGGACAUCAGCGGCUACAUCAGCGCCCUGGGGCUGGGCUGCCGCAGCAUCGAGCUGGUGCUGUGGGACGGCCCCGAGGGGGAGCCUGUGGUCUACACCAGCCCCUCGGCCGCCUCCUGCGUGCCCUUCCGCACCGUGGUGGGGCUGAUCGACCAGCAGGCCUUCGCCGCCUCUGCCUACCCCCUCAUCCUCUGCCUGGUGGUGCGGUGCUCGGCCGCCCAGCAGCGCCUCGCCGCCCAGUGCCUGCGCAAGACGCUGGGGGACAAGCUGUACCUGGAGCCCCCCAACCCUGCCGCGUCCUACCUGCCCUCCCCAGAGCAGCUCAAGGGCCGCAUCCUCAUCAAGGGCAAGAAGCUGCCGCCCGGCUGCGAGGACAGCGAGGGGGAGGUGUCCGACGAGGAGGAAGGCUGGGAGCUGGCGCGGCGGCUGGGCCAGGAGGACCGGGAGGCUCCGGAGGGGGGUGGCCCGCGGCGGGUGCGCCUCAGCCGGGAGCUCUCGGAGCUGGUGAGCCUCUGCCAGGCUGUCCCCUUCCAGGACUUCGAGAGCUCGCGGCGCGGGCAGCGCUACUGGGAGAUGUGCUCCUUCAGCGAGGUGGAGGCAGGGCGCUUCGCCAACGAGUGUCCUGCCGAGCUGGUCAGCUACAACAAGCGGUUCCUCUCCCGCGUCUACCCCAGCCCCAUGCGCAUCGACGCCAGCAACAUGAACCCCCAGGACUUCUGGAAGUGCGGCUGCCAGAUGGUAGCCAUGAACUACCAGACGCCAGGGCUCAUGAUGGACCUGAACGCAGGCUGGUUCCGGCAGAACGGAGCCUGCGGCUACGUGCUCCGCCCUGCCAUCAUGCGGGAGGAGGUCUCCUACUUCAGUGCCAACGCCAAGGACUCCUUGCCCGGGGUGCCCGCCCAGCUCCUUCACCUCAAGGUGAUCAGUGGGCAGAACCUGCCGAAGCCCAAGGGCUCGGGGGCCAAGGGGGAGGUGGUGGAGCCCUACGUCUGCGCCGAGAUCCACGGCAUCCCGGCUGACUGUGCCGAGCACCGCACCAAGACGGCGCUGCAGAGCGGGGACAACCCCAUCUUCGACGAGAGCCUGGAGUUCCAGAUCAACCUGCCCGAGCUGGCUGUGCUGCGCUUCGUCGUGCUGGACGACGACUACAUCGGGGACGAGUUCAUCGCCCAGUACACCAUACCCUUCGAGUGCCUGCAGCCCGGCUACCGCCACGUCCCCCUCCAGUCCCUGGCCGGGGAGCCCCUGCCCCAUGCCACCCUCUUCGUGCACGUGGCCAUCACCGACCGCCGGGGGGGGGGCAAGGGGCACCGCCGGGGGCUGGCGGGCCGCCGGGGCCGCCGGGUGCGGGAGUACACCUCCACCAAGGCCACCGGCAUCAAGGCCAUCGAUGAGGUCUUCCGGACGGCCACGCAGCCGCUGCGGGAGGCCACCGACCUGCGGGAGAACGUGCAGAACGCUCUGGUGUCCUUCAAGGAGCUGUGUGGGCUGACACCGGCUGCCAACAUGAAGCAGUGCAUCCUGACCGUGGCCACGUGGCUGCUGCACAGCGACAGCACCCCCAGCGUCACCCUCAACCUGGCAGAGCAGUAUCCCCCCAUGGAGGCCCAGGGCCCCAUCCCCGACCUGCUGCGCAAGGUCCUCACCGCCUAUGAGACUAUGAUCCAGACCAGCCGGACGCUGAUCGAGUCGGCCGACGCCGUGUACGGCAAACUCAUGCAGGCGCAGCAGGCAGGCAUGGACUUCCACAAGGAGCUGCACCGCAUCGAGGCCAAGGAGGGGCUGCGGGGCCGCAAGCUGCAGAAGGCGCUGGAGAGCUUCGCCUGGAACAUCACAGUCCUGAAGGGCCAGGCUGACCUCCUCAAGCAUGCCAAGGCCGAGGCGCUGGACAACCUCUGGCAGAUCCACAACGCAGGGCAGUCCUGCGGCAUCGGCAGGAACGGUUCGGCAUCGCCGGAGUCCUCUCGGCUGCACGCAGCGCUGGAGCCCAUCCCCGAGACGGAUGGAGGGGGUGACACCGCAUCCUGCUGAACCCGGCCGGGCGCCUGGGGACCUGGGCUGAGCACAGCCUGGCAGCAGGAGCCCCUUCCUGCCCACAGACGGGCACCCGGCUGCCCGCAGGCUCUGUGUGCGUGGAGGGACACACGGGGCUGGGCUCCGGUGCUCUGCCAAGGGGCAGCAGCAGGGAGGUUGGGAGGGAGGUCGCCUCUCCUGCUGGCCCCACCUCUUGCUCCUGGGUCCUCAUCCAUCCCCUGCCAUCUGCUUCUGGAGCAAGCACCCUGCUGUGGGGCUGGCAGGGAUGCUGGCACCUGGUGCCUGUGUGUGUGUGCCUGCUGUGCCAGACUCCUGCUGUAAAACCAGCCCGGGGCUGGACUCCUGGCCCCGUCCAGGGCCGUGGGUUUGCCUUCACUAGCCCCAGAGAAAACCUGCCUAGCAGGAAGGGUCCUAGCUGGUCCCUGGGUGCCAAGGGUCUGGGAGGCUCUGGGUUGCAGUAAGCUGGUGGGGGAGCACUGCCCGGGCAGCAGGUGUGGCUUCUGGUAUCAGAGAAAUGUUGAAGCUCAUCCCCCAGGACAAGGGCUCUGUCCUCCAGGGUGAGGAGUCCCAGGGCAAGGUUUGGUCUGGGGUCAGACCUGGGCUGUGGCACAGCAUAAAGAGUGUGAGACCCACCCUGGUGCCCUGCUGCUCCCUCCUGGUGUGGGGCCAGGUCAGGACGGGGUCACCAGAAGGGAUGGGGAGCAGCAGUGGGGACGGGUGGCAGCAUCCCUCCCUGGCACCAGCUGAGCACAGGGUGACAGCUCUCUCCACAUCAGGGAGCUGUGCUCUGUGGGCACUCCUUUGUCGGGAGGUAAUUAGCGUAAUUAGCCUAAUGGGGCCGUGCAGAGCGGACCCAGUGCUGUCCGGAGCAGACUGCCCAGCACUGACCUUCAGCCUCUUUGUGCCAGCCCAGUCGCGGAGCCCAUGGGCAAUUACAGCCUCAUUAGUGCCACACGGCCCGGCCGCCGUGCCCGGCAUCGAGCAGCCACACAAAGAGGAGCUGCAAAUGAGGGGAAAGGCCUGGGCUGGUCUCCGAGCUACGGCCGCGCUGCGCCCGCGUCGCCCAGGAGCCAUCUGCUGCCGCCUGCCCCUGAGGUAUUUUUGGCAGCACCAUUGUGCCAGGCCCUAUAAAGCGGUGGCUGCGGUGGAUGGCACAGGGCGCUGUGCUCUUGGCUGCCCGGCAGGAUAUGCCCCAGUACCACUCGACCACCUGAAGACCCCGGGAAGGAUGGAGGUGCCCAGCGUCAAGGUGGGUCCAGGAGGGCAGCAAAGGGAAGGAAUUUGGGAGGUGGGACCAGGGGUCUGGGGAGGUCUCCUUGGUCCUUCCCAAGGUUCCUUGCACUCGGGAAGCCCUCAGUGUGCAUCUCCUCCCCAGGGUCCCCAGUGUGACAAUCAGGGAGGUCUGUGUGGACCCCUCGGGAGGGCCCUGGCGCGUGGUGCCCAUGGUGCUGCCCAUGGGCGCUCCUGCCGUGGCACUGGGUGGCGAUGGCAGGGC